CUGCAGCGCCUUUUUUUGCCCAUUUCAAACGCAAGGGUGUGUUGCUGGACCGAUGAAGCAGUAUGGAAGCCUAAAAACACACCUAAAUCGCCACCUCUCGUUGUUGCCGUAUCAGUGUCCGCACACUAUCGGGCAGCAGGAGCCCCUUGGUCCACCAGAAGUUGUCCGUAAUCCAUGCCCCUUCCGCACCAGCGAUCCCGCCCACCUCACUCGCCAUCGUGAAACGCACCAUUCAUAUAUGCGAGCACAGGCAAAAAUAAUAAAGAAGACAGCGAAGCAAGCUCAGACGGAGGUGCUGAUUCCUCAUCCGCCUGUCACGUUCCUCCCACCCCAGUGGGCUCCUCUGACUCCUACUCCUCACACCGUUGCACCUGUAUCAAUAGCUGGCUCAAGCACAUUUCAAAUUCCAGUCAUGCCCCGCUUGCAGCCUCACUCGCAGCAAGAUUCAACGAAUAUGCCGAACUCUAAGCCGCGAGAUCCCACUUCCACAGAAAAAGAGGUUCCAUUUUCACCGAUCCCUCUCUCCGCUCCUCCUGCAUCGGCCGCUGCCUUGCCGUCACUCUGCCCUCAAGUUCUGUUCCCCUCGUUACAUCAUGAUUGGCAAGGCGAAGAUUCUGCGUUGGCCAGAUCUUGCGCUAGCAUCACAGAUGAAAUCCCGUCACAGAAAGUCGUACCGUCCCUUGCCGCUCUUUGCCUCGAUCCUCCAUCUACUUCUGAUGGUAGUUCCAGCGUU